CAAUUUUUUUUAAUUGUUUAAUAAUUAUUUUCUUUGGCUCCAAUGCCAUGCUAGGCCUGAGAAUUGCAGGCCGAAGGAAAGAGAAGCCAAACCAAACCAAACACAAACCAAACAAACUCAUAACCAAGAAGGUGAAAAUCAAGACAACCAAACCCUCAUUUUUUAUUGUAUUGCGUUCGUAGUCUGAAGUGGUUUGAGACAUUGUCACUAAAAUCAAUGUUUGGAGACAUUGUUGGUUUGUGCUGGCGAUGGAAUCCGAAUCAAUAGCCGACGAGACUCCUCCCUGUUUGGCAUCAGAGAAAUCUUUCUGUACCCUCCUCGAUUUUCGCACUCCACAUACAUCUCCAUCGAUCUAUUUGCUGGACUUUUCCUAGUACCUGCUCAAAGGCUUCUAACAGUUCACUAUGACAGACUCUAGCUCGGUUGACCACAUCCUAGACUUUCUGCGAAGGAACAAGUUUACGAAGGCUGAGGCUGUUUUGCGCAGUGAGCUCAGUGACCGCCCUGAUAUAAACGAAUCCCUUCGAAAACUUGCCCUUGAAGAAGAGGACUCGGUUAAGUUGUUGGGAGAAGAGAAUGGUGACAAACCAGCUGCGGAAAACCAAGGAAAAAGUUCUCGAAGCGGUAGUGAAGUUUCGAAGGAACUUAUUGUUAAAGAGAUAGAAUGUAAGACUGAGAGAAAUGGGUCCGAGACCAAAUGGAAAAAUGUUGCCUCUGUUGGGGACAGAAUUAAACCUAAUGAAUUUGAUGGUACGAGUGAGAAGAACUUUGUAUUUUCUAAAGGUUUAGAGGAUACUGUGAUUGAUUUGUAUUCAUGGAAGUUCAAUCCCAGCAAUGGUUCGGUUAAUCCUUACCCGAAUGAUGGUGACACUAACAUAAACAAUUUUUCAGAGUUUCAGGUUUCUGGAAAAUCAAGGAUUCUUCCAGCUGAGGUUUCUGAUAUGGGUAAAGUCAAUGCAAAAUCUGGAGAAGAAAUAAAAUUUUCUGGUGAAAGGAGAACAUCAUGGCUUGGAAGUACUCUCAAAGUCAAUCUGGAACAAAAGCGUGAGAGAAUUGAAAUUAGUGAGCUUAAGGAACUUGAUCAGCAACAUAAGACCAGUGGUGCAUGUUCUAAAGAUGAUUUUGUGGAUAACCCGUGGUCAAGAAGCGAUGAACCUGCACAUCCAUCAGCAGACCCAUGGAAAGAUUGUUCGGUCAAAACCGUCUUCCCAUUUUCCGAAGGAGAUGCAUCAACUAGUUAUGACCUUGCCCUUGGUACUGGUAACAAGAAAGAAGGAAAGAAGAAAGCUGAGAUCAGUGACAUAAGGUCUGCAAUCAAAGAGCAAGUGGAUCAGGUUGGAAGAGCUUUGUACUUUGGGAAGACUCAAGGAAGUUAUGAGCAAAAGACUAUCAGCAGCUUAGGAUUUACAGUUGCAUCUGAGAAUCAGAAAGAAGAGUUACCUAGGUUGCCACCUGUUAAACUCAAGUCGGAUGACAAGCCAUUGAAUAUUAAUUGGGAGGAAACUUUUGAGCGUGAUGGACCUGGUUCAAAGCUCACCAUUGCUGACAACACAUUCCUUAUGGGGUCAUUUCUAGAUGUUCCUGUCGGACAAGAAGUUAACUCUGCAGGUGGAAAAAGGCUUGGAGGAGGCAGUUGGCUAUCUGUAAGUCAGGGCAUUGCGGAGGAUGCUUCGGAUCUUGUUUCUGGGUUUGCAACUAUUGGUGAUGGAUUGAGCGAAUCUGUUGACUAUGCAAAUGAGUAUUGGGACUCUGAUGAAUAUGAGGAUGACGAUGAUGUUGGCUACAUGAGACAACCUAUUGAAGAUGAGACCUGGUUUCUGGCUCAUGAAAUUGAUUACCCAAGUGACAAUGAAAAAGGAAUGGGACAUGGGAGUGUUCCCGACCCUCUAGAAAGAGGUCCAACUAAAGAUGAGGAUGAUGAUCAAUCAUUUGCAGAGGAGGAUUCCUACUUCUCUGGUGAGCGAUAUAGCCAGCCCAAAAAUGUCGAUCCAGUAAAUGCUUCUGAUGAUGCUAUUGGGUUGUCAGUGACUGAAAUGUAUGGGAGGACUGAUGAAAAUGAUUUAAUAGCUCAGUAUGAUGGACAGUUGAUGGAUGAAGAGGAACUGAAUUUGAUGCGUGCAGAACCUGUCUGGCAGGGCUUUGUCACUCAGACAAAUGAAUUCAUCAUGUUAGGAGAUGGGAAAGUUCUGAAUGAGUAUGGAAGGCCUCGACGUGAUGAUGUUUGUUUGGACGAUGAUCACCACGGUUCAGUUCGAUCUAUUGGUGUGGGGAUUAACAGUGACGCUGCUGAUGUUGGCAGUGAAGCACGGGAUAGUUUGGUUGGAGGUAGUAGUGAGAGAGACUUAGAGUACUUUCACGAUCACAAUGUUGGUGUUGGUGGGUCCAGACAUUCACAAAAUGACUCAGAGAAGUUAUAUCUUGACAGAUCAAACAAGGAUAAACAGAGAAUAACUAGCCAUGAUUCUGAUAAGUAUAUAAUGGGGAAUGAUAAGGGUGCAUGCACCCAGACAAAAAAUCAUACAGAUGGGGGGUUUUCAUUUCCGCCUCCCAGAGAUGGGCAGUUGGUGCAGACAGGCUCUGGUAAAUCUUUAUGGACAAACAAGUGCAAUGCUGUUGUUAUAAGCGAGGAAACUGAUGACUGUUUGAAUACUUUGAUUGGGACUGAUGACAUGCUUGCUCCAUGGAAGCGAAAAAGCAAUGAUUCUUCACCUGUCAGGAGUUCAAGGGAUGAAAACAAUGCCAAUGCUGUUGUAUCAGCAAACUCUACCUCCUCAACACUUUCAAAUUAUGGUUAUGCUGAAAGAGAGCAUAUCAAGAUUGAAGUGGAUGAAAAAAUUACUGGUGCAAUAGAAGAAGAUCCUGGGGUUUUGGAGGAUGAAGAGGCAACUGCUGUGCAAGAGCAAGUAAAGCAGAUAAAGGCUCAGGAGGAGGAAUUUGAAACCUUCAAUCUUAAGAUUGUGCAUAGGAAAAACAGAACUGGCUUCGAGGAGGACAAAAAUUUCCAUGUUGUUUUAAAUUCAGUCAUAGCUGGGCGUUAUCAUGUUACUGAGUAUCUUGGAUCCGCUGCAUUCAGCAAAGCUAUUCAAGCACACGACCUUCACACUGGCAUGGAUGUUUGUGUGAAGAUUAUAAAGAACAACAAAGAUUUUUUUGAUCAGAGCCUUGAUGAGAUAAAGCUCCUCAAGUUUGUCAACAAGCAUGAUCCUGGUGACAAGUACCAUAUUCUCCGAUUGUAUGAUUACUUUUAUUAUAGAGAGCAUUUAUUAAUUGUAUGUGAACUUUUAAAGGCAAAUUUAUAUGAAUUUCAUAAAUUUAAUAGAGAAUCUGGAGGGGAGGUUUACUUCACAAUGCCAAGAUUACAGUCGAUUACGAGGCAGUGUCUGGAGGCACUUCAAUUCUUGCAUGGUCUAGGCCUUAUACAUUGUGAUCUGAAGCCUGAAAAUAUUUUGGUGAAAAGCUACAGUAGAUGUGAGGUGAAGGUCAUUGAUCUUGGAAGUAGUUGUUUUGAAACAGAUCAUCUCUGCUCAUACGUUCAAUCUAGGUCCUACCGUGCACCAGAGGUUAUUUUGGGACUUCCGUAUGAUAAAAAGAUAGAUAUUUGGUCACUUGGCUGCAUCUUGGCAGAACUUUGCACUGGCAAUGUCCUUUUCCAAAAUGAUUCACCUGCUACAUUACUUGCUCGGGUAAUUGGAAUAAUAGGUUCCAUUGACCAAGACAUGCUUGCCAAAGGACGAGACACAUACAAAUAUUUCUCCAAAAAUCACAUGCUAUAUGAACGGAACCAGGACACCAACAGAUUGGAAUACCUAAUUCCCAAAAAGACAUCCUUAAGGCACCGAUUGCCAAUGGGGGACCAGGGUUUCAUUGAUUUUGUUGGUCAUCUGCUUGAAAUAAACCCAAAGAAGCGCCCUUCUGCAUUGGAGGCUCUAAAACAUCCAUGGCUAUCUUACCCAUACGAACCCAUAUCAUCUUGAACCAAGAUUUCCGUGGUGGAAACAACCUGCUGCUAUUUCCCCCUUCCUUGGAUUUGACUGUUGAGGAAAGCUGUCCCACUUGAUUCCUGAUCAGAAUUGGCUCUGUAUUUAAAUCGAUCGUCUACAGAUUACCCCUUGGAGUGCCUGCAGAAUUGCAUUGAAAGGUGUGUUUGAUUUUAUUGGUGAUAUCUAUCUUUCCUUCCCCAUUAUCGAGUUGUAUUUCAAUUUACCGUAAUCAAGAAUGUGAUCUUGCAAGCGUCGUGUAAUUCUAGGAUUCUUUCAUUUGUUUGGUCUGGUGGAAAGGGGAAUCAAUCUUGUUGUACAUGAUGUGCGAUAAUUCCUUUAGGUUUAUUUAGUAAUAGCUUGUGAAAUAGUUUUUUUUUUUUCAAGCUUGGAGCAAGCCCAGUGAGAACAUUAUUGGGUAUUUAAUGGUUUUGAAGUGCUGUCCUGUUUAACUGGGCUCUUGGUCUUUCUCUA